AUGGCAGGAGGCCUCUUCUCCAUGGCUCACCCGGCCAUCACCCUCUCCGGCAUCGCAGGAAACAUCAUCUCCUUCCUGGUGUUCCUCGCACCAGUGGCGACGUUCCUGCAGGUGUACCGGAAGAAGUCGACGGGCGGGUUCAGCUCGGUGCCAUACGUGGUGGCGCUCUUCAGCUCGGUGCUGUGGAUCUUCUACGCGCUGGUGAAGACCAACUCGAGGCCGCUGCUGACCAUCAACGCCUUCGGCUGCGGCGUGGAGGCGGCCUACAUCGUCUUCUACCUGGCGUACGCGCCCCGGAAGGCGAGGCUGCGGACGCUGGCCUACUUCUUCCUGCUGGACGUGGCGGCGUUCGCGCUCGUCGUCGUCGUCACCCUCUUCGUCGUCCGCCAGCCCCACCGCGUCAAGUUCCUCGGCAGCGUCUGCCUCGCCUUCUCCAUGGCCGUCUUCGUCGCGCCGCUCAGCAUCAUCGUCAAGGUGGUCAAGACCAAGAGCGUCGAGUUCCUGCCCAUUAGCCUCUCCUUCUGCCUCACCCUCAGCGCCGUCGCAUGGUUCUGCUAUGGCCUCUUCACCAAGGACCCAUUCGUCAUGUACCCCAACGUCGGCGGGUUCUUCUUCAGCUGCGUCCAGAUGGGCCUCUACUUCUGGUACCGCAAGCCCCGGCCGGCCAAGAACAACGCCGUGCUGCCGACGACCACCGACGGCGCGGGCGCGGUGCAGGUGCAGGGGCGGGUGAUCGAGUUGGCACCCAACACGGUGGCCAUCCUGUCGGUGAGCCCCAUCCCCAUCGUGGGCGUGCACAAGAUCGAGGUGAUGGAGCAGCAGCACAAGGAGACCGCCGCCGUGGCCGCCGAGACCCGCAGGAUGGCCGCCGCCAACCCGGACGGCGCCAUGCCGGAGGUCAUCGAGAUCGUCCCCACUGUCGCCGCCGUGUGA